AUGAUGCAUCAAAAUAGUCAAACUAGUUUCGUUUUUAUCAAUUCUAGUGACCCAACUUUGCCAAAUCAAGUGAUUAAUGACAAUACCAGCCCGUUCUUUAAACCUCCGUUUCCUCCACUGAUAAAUCCACGUGAUCUUAUCUCUUUAUCUGAAGGUCGUACUCCAGCGAGAGCUCCAAAUGCAUUCAUAAUUUAUCGUAAAUUAUUUAUUCAAAAUACUAAAGAUGAAGGAUAUACUUUACCCAUGACGGUAAUCUCAACUAUGGCAUCAAAAUCUUGGGAACAAGAACCUGAUAUAGUUAAAAUUGAAUAUAAAAGAAUUGCUAAAGAAGCUUUUGAUUAUUAUUGUGAAAUUUGUCCUAAACAAAAACAACAUGGAAAAAGAGAAAAAUGGAAUAUUUGUGAAUUUUAUUUUAAAUUUUGA